UCCUCCUCAAUGCUGUCCAGCUGCAUAAGACCUCCCUUAGUCCUGCUUAUUUCCUGCACAAGGCUCAUCACACACAGUGCUGUGUGAGCACAGCAAUCUGCACAGCUGUCCAUUGCGAUCUUUGCUGUCACUUCUCCAACUUCCCCUCUCUUCUUUAUCUCUCGCUCUCUUCUUACUUAUAAACUGAGAACUCUGCUGUGGAGGAACAAAACCUGGAGUUCUCUGACUCCUUGCCCACACUCAGCUCUGUGUCUGUCUGUCCAGCUGUGCCUGUGCUACGCUGCCUGCUGAGGGCUUACUGGAAGCCAGCGCUUUUGGAUACCGGCUGAAAAAGGGAAAAGCAAACCCAGCAUGAUGAAGGCUCUGAUGCUGCUGAUUCUCAGCUGUCUGAGAAUGGGACAACCAAAUCCAGUUCCUGAACGGUGUCAAAUGAAACCCGUAGCUGACAAAAAUGAGAUCUCCGCACUUGCCCAGCGUCCUCUCGUCUUAAAGGGCUGCGAGGCAAAAGUUACAAAUCAGGGAGUGUAUAUACUCAAUGUUCUUCAUUCCAGGGAUCUACAUGCUCUGAAUUUGGAAAUCUCAAGGGAAGAAUCAGACAUACAAGCCUCAGAGAAACCCCCUGUUCUCAUUGUCAAUGCCAAUGCUACUUUGUUUCUUUCGGUCACUGCCAAAGGUUUUUCAGUUACAGUUCAUCGCUCCGAAUCGGUUCUUUUCUACUCCAAAUCCCAUGUUUUGCCUUUCAAUGCGAGUGAGGAACUUUUACAAUGGGCAGAGCAAAAAUACGGGGAAGUCUCCCUCUUCGCUGAGCUGAAAGAUGAAUCAAACAUUUUUCUGAAGAUAGAGAAAAGUAAAACUGAACCCGGGUCUUGUGUUCCUCAAGCAAAUUACAACUUUGGGGAUAGGCUUCGAGUAGAAAGUGAAAGUAAAGACAUAGAGAGCUGUAGUUAUAAAGCUUCAGCACCAGGCUCAAAGACUGAAAGAAAUGUCUACAUUGUAGAAGUGACCCACACUGAGCCUACAUCAAGUCACAAAACAAUAGACAUUCACACCACAACUGUCAAUGGACCAUGUGUCAAGCCACCCAUGUUAUUCCUGCUGAGUGACCCUGACUACGAAUGGAAUAUGCCAGCCACGGUCGAUUUCGGUAUACAGGCAUCUGGAAAAAUUAAAGUACCAGGUAUGGUGUUACCUACUACCCUGCAGGAGACAUAUAAUAAAAAUGGGGAGACACAUAAUAAAAUUGUGGAGAAAGCCGAAAAUAUGAGCCCGGAUACCAUAACGCUAAUACGUGUUGCUGAUGCCAGAUCUAUAAGCAUAUCUAUGUCAUGUGUAAACCAACCAACAACUCCAAGUGCGGACACACCUGCAAAUCAGUGUUUCACGAGGCAGUUGGUGUGCACAGAUGAAUACUUGGUCAUCAAACUGGAAAAGAACCCAGAGUCUAAUUGUCCGCUUCCAGCACCUGAGAAUGUGCACCUCCAGGACCCCAAAUGUACUGCUAAGCUGGAAGAGAACUCACUUGUGCUGGUUGCUUCAAGAAACGAAUGUAUGUCUACUUACAGGGAUGGUUAUAUAGCGAACUCGCUGACUAUAAAAGGCAUGCAGGAUCGUGAGGUGAUAGCUUGUAGAAGUCCCACCAUCCAAAUAGAAUUGCGCCAUGGUCAUGAUCUCCAGCUGAACACAACAACUCUGGAUCCAGAUCAAACCAUCCAAGUGAAGACAUCGGUCAGCAUUCAAGAACAAACUCCUGAGAAUAUCAUGCAACUGAGCACGUGUUCCCUGCUGGUGCGGGACAAUGAGCAAAUCCUGGACAAAGAGAAGAGCCCAGUUAUUGAGAGAUCGGUCUUGGUCUGGACACUUAACACAAGACUCCCGAUGGUAGAAGCCCCAGUCUGUGCAAAACUCACAUGUACCUUCUGUACGGCCAGACAUUUAGCCGUUGAGAGAAACUUGAGUGGAUUUUCAGGUUGCCCAGUCCAUUUCCAAAUGCAGAAGUCACUGGACUUGGUUAUAAGACCUCCAAAUCAUAAGCAGGGACUCGGGAUGGGAUCUGUGCUGGGGAUCACAUUCGGAGCAUUUGUCAUUGGAGCGCUUCUCACGGCCGCUUUGUGGUACAUCUACACGCACACACGCUCUUCGGUUAAAAUGCAGCCGGUGCCAACGCUAACUGGAGGCUCAGAAAGUAGCAGCACAAACCACAGUAUUGACAGCACACAGAGUACCCCGUGCAGUACCAGCAGCAGAGCGUAACGUGACUGUGUUGUCACAGGGACUACAGACAUGGGGGAUGGGACAUAAGAAGGGCCCUCAAGGCCUCAGCAGUAAAAUGACUUAAUGUUGAAGCCCCCAUCGGAUGGAAUCCAUCUUGAAAGCCUGCUUUGCCUAUUUCGGCAUACUGCAGAUAUCGGUUAAAAUACAAGACGAGGACUCUCAAUGACAGAUCACUGAUGGCCAUGGACGCCCAAUGACAUAUCACUGAUGGUCAGGGGCCAAUCUGUAAAAACAAAAUGGAAUUGACCCAAGUGGCAUAGUUUGUUGGCAAAACUCCUGAGAGUCCAAAGCAACAUGGGAGGGGAAGUACAUUUUUUUGCAGAAAUAUAAAGCUAUAAACAUCUUAUAUAUGAAAUUAUCUAUCCAACCUACAGUUACUUGCUUUUACACAUAGUUUAACUUGACAACAGAAUGUAUUCUGAACACUGUUUUAUUUGAACCCCAUGGUUAUGAAAUUUUCCAGUUUUUAUUCCUUUUGCCGUGAUGGCUUGCUAGUCUAAAAGUGAGAACUGUAGCAGAUACAAUGAAAAAUACCUCAGGAAAAUUCCAGGGUUCAUGCAUUACGGCACUAGGCUGGGGCCUGGUCAGACCAAAGCUGUACAGUGUAACGCUCAUCCUGGCUUAAAUACAAAAAAAAAAUUCUCA